UUUCCCUCCAACCAAACAGGGCGUAGAGGAAAACAAUGAAAAAAAAAAAUUUGUUGAGAGGUGAUAAUAUUUUCUCAGCACAGGAGUUUCCCAUGCUUUUGUUGAAGCAAGGAACAGGGAAACUUUUAGCCCCAGGAAAAGAACGAGACGCCCGUCUAAAUUCAAAGCUCAGCCUCGGCUUGCUCACAUUUGCAGUGUUGGACUCGGACAGUCGGACUUCCACAAGGCCCCUGUCUCUUCCUCUCUUGGAGUCUGGUUAGGAGACGACGAUGUCGCUUCUCAACUCUUUGUUCAAUCGAGGCCUUCUGGGCGCCAAAUGCAAGACGGCUUUGAAAUUGGCCAUCUCUCGUAUCAAUUUAUUGAGAAACAAGAGGCAGGUUCAACUCAAACAGAUGCGCAAGGAGAUCGCUCAGUUUCUGCAGACUGGCCAAGAAGCCAUCGCUCGGAUUCGGGUGGAGCAUGUAAUCCGCGAAGAGAAUUUUCUGGCUGCUUAUGAGAUCUUGGAGCUGUUCUGCGAAUUCAUUCUUGUCCGUGUUCCUAUAAUUGAAACACAAAAGGAAUGCCCCUGGGAAUUGCAGGAAGCUAUUUCCAGCAUCACUUUUUCUGCUCCCAGAUGUUCAGACUUGCCAGAACUGAUGCAUGUCCGCAAUUUGUUUGCCAUAAAAUAUGGGAAAGAGUUUGUUUCUGCUGCUUCAGAACUUAGACCAGAAAGCAAUGUAAAUCGCUCAAUAAUUGAGAAGCUUUCUGCUCGAGCUCCUCGUGCAGAAACAAAACUGAUGACCUUGUUGGACAUUGCUAAAGAACAUAACCUAGAGUGGGAUCCAUCUGUCACUGAAGAAGAACUUUGCAAGAAGCAUGAAGAUUUGCUGGAUGGAUCAAGACAGGUUCCUCUGAAAGCUGAAACUACUAGUUUGCAAUGUGCUUCCACAGUUUCACAUGAUGGUCCCACGACAGUUUUGGUGCCACCAGAGAUUAAAGUCCAAGAGUUGAAUCCGCCAGAAGUUCUAGAUCGACCUCCAAAAUGUCAAACUUCAAACGCACUUAAAUCUUCAUGCAUUCCUUCCAAGAAUGAAGACAUUGAGGAGAUAUCUGUACAAUCAGAAUCAAGGACGCAAGCUGAAUCCUGUGAUGUUCUUCAAAUAGCCCAGGCAGCCAUUGCCUCUGCAGAACGUGCAACAGCUGCAGCCCGUGCUGCAGCCAACCUUGCGAACCUCAGUUUGAGUUCAAAGACUGCAGACAGCGUUCCUCCACAAUCUGGAUCGAAGGAUCAUGUCCCUAGCUCUGGAGAGAGAGUGAAGAUUACGAAGGCCCUCUGGUCUUACCAUGAAGUGGAAGAGAGAAGGAAGAGCUGAAAAAGAUGAGAUCUGCACACUUCGAGGCAAUGGGUUCAAGAAAGGGGUGGCUCCUUUGCUCUUACAGGUAAUGAACUCCUUGAGAAUGGUUUGGAUGGGUUGGAGAUGAGCUUCAGAAGUCCAGUAAGGUUUCAUCCAAGGUCCUCUCUCACUGAAAAUAAAAGUUUGAUGGUGAAGAUGGAGAGUCCACAGAGAAGAGAUGUGGAGAGAGAGAGAGAGAGAGAGAGAGAGGUUGAAGGAGGAGAGAGAAGGCUAGGGGGCUCAAGAGCUGAGGGUUGAAGUGCAAAGGAUCAUCCAAGGGCUUACCAUGUGCCUUAGAGAAGAGAAAUAUGAGCAUUUAUAGAGGAUUUGGAGACAUAACUCAAAUUUCAAAAAUUUUACAAAUUUUUAGGCCAACAAAAAUGUUUUGACUAAUGGG